AUGAUGUACAAGAACACGCUCGUCGCCGUCUCAUUGUCGGCGCUCGCACUCGGCAGCGCCAUACCUGUCUGCGAGGAGUCCGUUUGGGACUGGUUUGAGGUGCAGCUUCACGAGUUCCUCGACAAUGUCCCCAAUGGCUUCUCGUUCGACGGAACUGCAGAGUCAAGCACGAACCUGACGCUGCGCAUAGCGCUCGCACAGAGCAAUUUCGACGGUCUGGUCGAGGCACUGUAUAACGUGAGCGACCCGUCCAGCGAGUACUAUGGGCAGUAUCUCUCGAAAGAGGAGGUCGACAGCUUCGUACAACCGGAUUCUGAGAGUGUUGAGGCCGUCACGAGCUGGCUGAGCGAGUACGAUUUGACCGCCACGAAUCUCUCGUCUGCUGGUGACAUUCUCUCCGUCGAGCUCACGGUCGGGCAGGCAAACGACCUCCUGUCUGCGGAUUAUUCUCUAUUCACGCACGAGGCCACUGGACAGCAAACACUACGCACACUUAAUUACUCGAUACCCGUCGAUCUGGCAAAUCACGUCAACUUUGUCCAUCCGACAGUCACAUUCCCUUUGUUCAUGAAUAAUACCCCGAUUAUUGAGGUCCACCCCGCGUCCAAUCAGUCGCAAGUGCGUUCUGCUCAGAAGCGCGACUCUGCAUGCGGCACUGGCACCCCUUGGAUCACUCCUGCAUGUCUGCAAGAGCUUUACGACAUCCCCACGACGGCUGCUUUCUCGUUGCUCAACCAAAUUGCUGUGACUGGGUAUGACAAUGAGUAUGCUCAGGCAGCGGAUCUUGAGAGCUUCUUGUCGGAGUAUAGGACCGACAUGAGCCCUAACACGACAUUCAGCACGGUGACCCUGAAUGGCGGCGAGAACCCACAGAACAAGUCUGACGCCGGAACCGAAGCGAACCUUGACGUUCAGUAUGUCAUGGGCCUCGCAACGAACGUCUCGACGACGUUCAUCUCCACUGGCGGCGACUUCGCGCAGGCUCUCUUGGACACAGCUGACUACCUGCUCGGCGAAACCAGCCCUCCUCAAGUUGUGUCGACCAGCUACGGCACGGACGAGUCGUCCAUCGGGGAGAUGUUUGCUCUGAGUCUGUGCAAUGCGUACGCGCAGCUUGGCGCGCGCGGUGUUUCCGUCCUCUUUGCAUCUGGUGAUGGAGGCGUGUCCGGGAAUAAGGACGAUGGGAGCUGCACGGCGUUUGUGCCGACUUUUCCCUCCGGUUGUCCUUUCGUCACGUCAGUCGGAGCGACGAUCAACCUGCCCACAGAGGAGGGUGCCUCGUUUUCCAGCGGAGGCUUCUCGAAUUACUGGCCGCAGCCGUCAUAUCAGGCCUCGGCCGUGUCCGCGUAUCUGUCCGCGCUUGGCAGCAACGAUACAGGCCUGUAUAAUGUCUCGGGGCGUGCAUACCCCGACGUCGCCGCGUACGGCUCACAAUUCGAGAUCUAUACGGGCGGCGCGCUGACUAUCGUCUCGGGCACGAGCUGCUCGACGCCGACCUUCGCCGCGGUGAUUGCGCUGCUGAACGACGAGCUGAUCAACGCGGGCAAGAACGCACUGGGAUUCUUGAACCCAUGGUUAUACGCUAACAGCGGGGCACUGAACGAUGUUGCAACGGGUAACAAUUUGGCGUGCAGCGACGGCUCUACUGGCUUCUAUGCGGCUGCUGGGUGGGAUCCGGUCACUGGCCUUGGCACGCCGAAUUACUCCAGCCUCAAAUCAGCCGCGGGCCUGUGA